AUGGUGACCGAUACGUUGGAUACCGAUGCGAAACCCGCUGAUAUCCUCAAUGGCGACGUGACUCUGCCUGCUGGUUGGGCGGAAGGUUCAUUAGACCCGGAGUCGGAUCAAGAGGUGCCUGUCGACGCGGAUGAGCUCAAAGAUGCGUUGGGGCGCCCGCCACCAGUUCACAGCGACUAUCUCCCACUUCCCUGGAAAGGACGUCUUGGAUAUGCCUGUUUGAACACCUACCUGCGCUACUCCACCCCAUCCGUCUUUUGUUCGCGAACAUGUCGCAUUGCGUCGAUUCUCGAAAAUAGACACCCUCUCCAAGACCUUGAGCAACCCCCACAUCCAACAAAGAAUCGCCCAGAUCGAGAUCAGCCCGCGGAUGUCGCACGCGGCCAGGCCUUCGUCGAGUCGCUCGGGUUGGCAAAUGCAGGCGACCUGGUAAAGCUUAUCCGAUGGAAUGAUAAGUAUGGCAUCAAGUUCAUGCGACUUAGCAGUGAGAUGUUCCCAUUUGCUAGUCACAAGGAAUAUGGCUACAAAUUGGCUCCUUUUGCCUCCGACGUCCUGGCUGAGGCAGGAAGAGUUGUAGGAGAGCUUGGCCACCGGGUGUCCGUUCAUCCUGGUCAGUUCACGCAACUAGGCUCUCCCAAACGGGAGGUGGUGGAAAGCUCCUAUCGUGACUUGGAAUACCACUCGGAGAUGCUGCAACUGCUCAAACUUCCUCCUCAGCAAGAUCGUGAUGCCAUCAUGAUCCUACACAUGGGAGGAGUCUUCGGUGACAAGGCUGCUACUCUGGACCGGUUCCGAGAUAAUUAUGCUGUCUUGUCAGAGGAUAUCAAGAAACGACUCGUUCUCGAGAACGAUGAUGUCAGCUGGACUGUGCAUGAUCUAUUACCCAUAUGCGAGGAGUUAAACAUCCCCCUCGUCCUCGACUACCAUCACCAUAAUAUUCUUUUCGAUCCGACUGAGGUCCGAGAGGGCACGCAAGACAUCAUUCCUCUUUACGAACGCAUAGCUGCCACAUGGUCGCGCAAGAACAUUACGCAGAAAAUGCAUUAUUCAGAGCAAACCGCUCCCGCCAUUACACCCCGACAGCGCCGCAAGCACAGCGAUCGAGUGGCCACCCUGCCCCCCUGCAUUCCCACCAUGGACCUAAUGAUUGAGGCCAAAGACAAAGAACAGGCCGUUUUUGAACUGAUGCGAACAUUCAAACUCCCCGGUCACAACCUUUUCAAUGACCUGAUUCCCUACACACGGACAGACGAGAACAGGCCUUUCAAGCCCCCUCGCAAGUCUAAAAAGAAUGGCGGAUUCGUUGACCUAGAAGGCUCCGUACCACCGCCCGGACCAUCCCCGACGAGGAAGUCGGGAUGGGAGAAAGUCGUCAAGCCCAAGGCUACAUCCAGUCCAGCAAAAAAAAUCAAGGCCGAGCCCGCUGAUACAAAUGGCUCAGUAGGAACGCCAGUGAAGAAACCAGCUCGUGCUCCCAAACGAACCCCAACCAAGUCCCGGACCAAACGCAAAGCGGAAGAGAUAGAAUCUAGCCCGGAGUCCGAACUAAGUGGUUUGUCGGUGGAUCAGGAGACGGUUAGUACAAAGACCACAACGUCUACGUCUCGGAAGAGCAGUCGGGCGAAGAAAGUCAACUAUACGGAAGAAUCUACGGACCAGGACCUGAUCCACUCCCGCAGCCGCGACGUUUCAACUCCCCCUCCACCAAUAUUCUUUGCUCUUGCGACUGACAACUUCUCUCUAUCGUCAGGACCCGACAAGCUAUCAACAUUCCUCCGCGUCCUAGUCGGUCCGCUUCGGACUCGUCGAGCACAGAACCAUCUGUGGAACCUUCGACACGAAGUCCUCCCCGCACUCCGACACCGAGCACAGUCCCGAAUCUACCGUGCAAUUGUCAAACGUCAAGCGCGACUUGCCGCACGCAACCGUAGAUUUGGCGGCGGUUUCAUUGCCUAUCUUCUUGGGCCUCGGCGACGGCUGCGGGGCGGGAGACUUGGUCUUGGUAUCUGGGCGCACCCUCUUGCAAGACGUUCGAGAGCGAUCAAGGGUCCGACAGAAGGACCAAACGAAGCUGUGAGAAGCCCGAUGGCACAGUCUGGGCUGUCCUCGACAUGGGGUCAAGGAAGUGGUGAUGGAACUGCCCCCGGUGGCCGUCGCAAGAAGGCCUACGAGUGGUUGAAGGCUGCCAACGAAUUAGGUCAGGCGUAUACCUCGCGAUGGACCAGUCAGAGAAGUGACACCCAGGAAGAUUAUUACCACACUCCUGGUGCUUUCCCUGAUGUGGAGAUUGCUCGAUCCGGCGAUGAGGAAAUGGUGCUAUUCCCAAGCUACGGACGACGACUCCCAGAAAAGAAAGCCAAUGAUACUAAGAUGCGCCCGCGACGAGACUCGUGGUCCGAAACGAUUGACGACUAUCGGGGUGUCUCUGAAGAUAGCAGCGACCGUCUUGGCGAUGGCUGGCCCAACCCCGAUCUUGAAAAUGCCAUGGUGGACGUUGAUGUGCGUGGCUGGAUCUACGCACCAAACCGAGGCCCCAUGAACCGAAAGCAUCGCUUGAUGGUCAAGCUGGCUCGGACUUUGAGUGGCAUCCCCACCCCCACGGGCACGGCCAACGAAGAUGGUCCCGAUCCGAUGCCCGCGAAAGGCGAGGAUGAGUACGUGGACAAGCAAAUGAAGACUCUAGUCGAUACAGCAGAACGAGAUGCCGAUCAGGCAUGGAAGAGUUCCAAGACCGAGCGGGCUAAAGACGGUCUCAAAGAAGCUGCGCAGCUGACCAAAGAUGAGAUUUCCAUGGCAAAUGCUCAUUUAAUGGAAAGACUUCGCCCUUUCUUAACAAACCCCGUUGCCGGUAUGUCGGUCACGAUAUUCUUCUUCAACAAUGAUCAGAGCGAAUCUCGUAAUAUUAUGACUGAUGAGUCCGGUCACUUCAAUGUGCGGGCUCCUUUGCCAUUCGUACCAACUCAUGUUCGAGUGCUCGCGUCUGAAGAUCUAUCAGCUGCAAAGCCGAUUCAGAUUAUUGAACCUUCCGGUAUCAGCAUGAUCAGUGACAUUGAUGAUACGGUGAAGCACUCUGCGAUUGCAAGUGGUGCAAAGGAGAUGUUCCGAAACACUUUCGUUCGUGAGUUGGCUGAACUCCAGGUUGGCGGAGUCAGCGAAUGGUAUACCCAAGUUGCUAAACGUGGUGUGGAAAUGCAUUACGUAUCUAACGCUCCAUGGCAAUUAUACCCUCUGCUUGAGAGAUACUUCAAAAUGGCCGGACUACCUCCAGGAUCCUUCCACCUCAAGCAAUACUCUGGCAUGCUACAGGGUAUUUUUGAGCCCACAGCCGAGAGAAAACGGGGUUCGCUUGAACAGCUUCUACGGGAUUUCCCUGAUCGCAAGUUCAUUCUCGUCGGCGACAGCGGAGAAGCCGAUCUGGAGGUCUACACUGAUAUUGUUCUGGCAAACCGUGGUCGAAUUAUGGGAAUCUUUAUCCGCGACGUGACCACCCCAAAGGACAAGCCAUUCUUUGAUAAAGCCACCGAGCACCUUGAAACGGGGCCGGGUCGAAGUCGCAGCACUCCACAACUUGUGGACCAUUCGGAUUCUGCUACGAGGAAACCUGCCCUGCCUCCGCGGCGAAAAUUUGAGAAACCAUUCACCCCGGAAACGGAUUCGAAAAGCCUGGAUACUGGGGACUUGAUUGAUCUGCGAGACGAAGAAGAGCCUAAGACGCAGACUCCCACUGCUAAUACAUCUGGCAAACCGCGUCUCCCUCCCACUAAGCCUUCAAAACCGUCCACGCUGCGCACAUCAUCUGGGGCCACCGACACCCUCGAGCCCCUGGCAGGAGUUUCAAGAACACCAUCUCAAGAAGCGAUUCGCCGCAAGCCAGUUCCUCCCCUGCCGCCCCGGCGGACCUCGACAGCCAGGACGGAUUCUUUGAUCGAUUUAGACCCGUCCCCACCCAUAUCUCGCACUCAAACCGAACCAUUUACAGAUGGGAGUAAGCAGGGACCGUCGGCUUCAUCUCGCAGCAAAGCACCACCACCCGUGCCACCUCCCCGACGAACGAAUACUGCAUCGUCAUCAACAACAACCGGUAGCUCUACACCUACGAACACGGGCUCAUCGCGGCCUACAACAGCUGCAAAGCCAUCGUACCCCAUGGCGGCAGCGCAGGCCACUCUACAGUAUGCCACCGAACGCCUCAACCUGUCAUCCGCAGCGCCAAACCCUGGAUUACGAUCGACGGCAUCGAACCAGUCACUGGGAAGGACAAACACCAACACUACCACCGACUCAGGAAUGCCACCUGCGCCACUGCCCAACAAACGCGAAGAACUGUGGCGACGUCGCUGGGAGCGAGCGAGCGAGAUACUCGAGGAUCAAGGUGUUGUACUGGGUAGCUGGCGCAUUGGAAGUGACGCACAGCCUGUUUGUAUGUGGCUGAUAGAGGAACAGCUGAAACAGGGGCAAAAGAAACGCGAUAACUAA